CUCUCCACCACGUCCGCGCCUGCUCCGGAGUGCGUUUUGCUUUCCUUGUGUUACUCCUUAAAGACGUGGGAGAGGAGCAGACGUCGCCGGGGCCGGGGCCGCAGCGCUGAGCCGUGCCAGCAUGGACGGCACACAGGGGACGCGUGAGAACCUCCUGGUGUCAUAGGAGCCGUCACCGGGACCCAGGACGGCUGUUCUCAGCGAGGGGCCCUGCACGCGCUCCUGAGUGGCGACCAUGGGCCUGCUCGCCUACCUGAAGACCCAGUUCGUGGUGCACCUGCUCAUCGGGUUCGUGUUCGUGGUGAGCGGGCUGGUCAUCAACUUCACCCAGCUGUGCACGCUGGCCCUCUGGCCCGUCAACAAGCAGCUGUACCGCCGCCUGAACUGCCGCCUCGCCUACUCGCUUUGGAGCCAGCUGGUCAUGCUGCUGGAGUGGUGGUCGUGCACCGAGUGCACCCUCUUCACCGACGAGGACACCCUGGGCCACUUCGGGAAGGAGCACGUGGUCGUCAUCCUCAACCACAACUUCGAAAUCGACUUCCUCUGUGGGUGGACGAUGUGCGAGCGGUUUGGCGUGUUGGGGAGCUCCAAAGUCCUGGCUAAGAAGGAGCUGCUGUACGUGCCCCUCAUCGGCUGGACCUGGUACUUCCUGGAGGUGGUAUUCUGCAAACGCAAGUGGGAGGAGGACCGCGACACGGUCGUGCGGGGGCUGAAGCGCCUAUGCGACUACCCGGAGUACAUGUGGUUCCUGCUGUACUGCGAAGGCACGCGCUUCACGGAGACCAAGCACCGGGUCAGCAUGGAGGUGGCCGCCUCCAAGGGGCUGCCCCCGCUCAAGUACCACCUGCUGCCACGCACCAAGGGCUUCACCACGGCCGUGCAGUGUCUGCAGGGGACAGUCGCCGCCAUCUAUGACGUCACGCUGAACUUCCGCGGAAACAAGAACCCGUCGCUGCUCGGGAUCCUCUACGGGAAGAAGUACGAGGCGGACAUGUGCGUGAGGAGAUUUCCUCUAGAAGAGAUCCCGCUGGAUGAGAAGGAAGCGGCCCAGUGGCUCCACAAACUGUACCAGGAGAAGGACGCGCUGCAGGAGGCCUACAGGCUGCAGGGCACCUUCCCGGGGCAGCAGUUCAGACCCGCCCGGCGGCCCUGGACGCUGCUCAACUUCCUGUGCUGGGCCACCGUCCUCCUGUCGCCCCUCUUCAGCUUCGUCCUGGGCGUCUUCGCCAGCGGCUCCCCCCUCCUGAUCCUGACCUUCCUGGGGUUUGUGGGAGCAGCGUCCUUUGGAGUCCGCAGACUGAUAGGAGUGACGGAAAUAGAAAAAGGCUCCAACUACGGCAACCAAGAAUUUAAGAAAAAGGAAUAAUUAAUGGCUGUGAUCGAACACGCGUUCCUCGACGGUGGUAUCCAAUUAACUCAAUUAAAACAGCAGCAGAGCGAGGGGAGAGAGACACUUAGAAACUAUUUUUCUUAUUAACUGGUGACUAAUAUUAACAAAUAAAACUUGAGCCAAGAGAAAAGAAACUCAGACGGCCUGCCAGACACACGGUCAGCGGCUGGGGCCGGGGCCCCGCCCACCGCCCCCCCAACCACCACCCCCCGCCCCCGGCGCCGCUUCCUCCUCUUAAACUCGAUCGGGUCCCUGGGCACCUGGUUCAGGGGCUUCCCCCAGCCCCGGCCCUGUCUCUGCUGUCCUGGGGGUGAGCGGGCUGGGGCCCCGCCCUACCAAAUGUAAGUGAGCCGCGGGCCUGGUGGGUCCUGGGGCCACCUCCGCCCUCCCGGGAGUGUGCAGUGCUCCUGGGUGUCAGGCAGAGACCCCCGGGGCCACCUGCACGGUUCCGCCGUGUGCAGGAGCUGGGUGCUGUGCCCUGAGAAGUGCCCCCCCAGGCCCUUCUCUCCAGGUAGUGGGGGCCACUGCUGGCCACUCGCUGUCCCUGAGAGCUGCUGUGCCCACGGCUCCUCGCGCUGGGGCGGGACGGCGCCGGCCAGGGGCCCCAGCAGAGAGCAGCGCCCAGCCCCAGCCGCCCCCGGGGCCCUGCCCUUGCUGUGGAGUCACAUGUGUUCGAGAAGGGACACAUGGUGUCCCCUCUCUGUAUCGUGACCAGCGCCUGAGUAACAGCUGGUUGCUUGUGUUCUAGAGGAAAACGGGGGACAGAGGUGCGGAGAAAAUAAGAAUUUUAAUCAGAAAGCUGUGUCUGGGGAGAGUCCGUGGAGACAGCACAUUGGCCGGGGGGCAGGAGGGAGGGCCCGGCUGGCUCCCCGCUGCUUGCCCCUGCACGGUGCAGGCCUGCAGGCCGAGUGGACGGCCAAGCCGGGCGCCAGGAUGCAGAAGCGUGGCCCUCCCACCCGGGGAGCCAGGCACGGAGGCUUCAUCCCAGAACCCCCUGCUGCUCGGCCUCAUCAGAGCAUCAGGCCCGGGUCCUCUGCUCAUGGCUAACCCUAAAAGUCUUACGGAAGCUGAAGGGCACAGCCCAGCACCCACAUGGCCUGGGAUCAGGAGCUCCUACCUCCCAGAGAGAACCCCCCACCCCGGCAAUCGGCCCCUGCCACGUGAGCCCCGCACCGAACCAGGGACCGCGGCCCGGCCAGGGCGCCCCCAGUUCUGCGGCUCCUGACUGUGCGGCUCAGCCCCCGCGCCUGCGCACCACGCACUCGAGCAAUAAAAAUGCACCACGAA